AUGGAGCCUUCUGCCAAGAGUGACCAACGACAAAAUGAAGAGGGCUACGAAGCCCAUCACGUAGAUUUGAACGCCAAUGUUUCGGGACAGAUUGAGAACCCUCUCGCAAAUAUCCCUCGAUCAAUUCUCCUCUCACAGGUAGAGGAGUUUGCCAAGGAAAAGGAUCUCGUCGAGUACACGGAAUUGCUGAAGAAGGGUGCCCUAGUUGCCCAAGACCCUACCAGCUUCGAGUCGAUAUCCGGGGAACUAGCCCUGAGCGAGACAGAAAUCAAUGAUCUCAAUGCCGAAAUCACACACAAGUGGCGCCAUCCGAGGACCUUGUACUUCACGAUCAUCCUCUGUUCUAUUGGUGCUGCCGUGCAGGGCUGGGAUCAAACUGGUUCCAAUGGAGCCAACCUUUCUUUCCCUGACGUUUUCGGAAUCGGAAGUAACAGCAAUCACGACAAGCUGAUUGUAGGUUUGAUUAACUCGGCACCUUAUCUUGGGUCUGCCUUCAUUGGAUGUUGGGUUUCUGACCCAUUGAAUUUCUAUUUGGGACGUCGAGGUGCCAUCUUCGUUGCCGCGAUUUUCUGUUUCCUUCCUGUCAUCGGCUCCGCGUUUACACAAUCCUGGGGUCAGUUGUUCGCUUGUCGUAUUCUUCUAGGCAUCGGAAUGGGUGCCAAGGGAUCCAGUGUUCCUAUUUUCGCUGCUGAAAACUCUCCUGCGUCUAUUCGAGGUGCCUUAGUCAUGAGUUGGCAAAUGUGGACUGCCUUUGGCAUUUUCCUGGGGUACAGCGCCAAUCUAGCAGUCGCCCAUGUCGGUACUAUUGCGUGGCGACUCCAACUCGGAUCUGCGAUGAUUCCAGCAAUCCCGCUUCUCUUGGGUGUAUACUUCUGCCCAGAAUCGCCUCGUUGGUUGAUGAAGAAAAACAAGUAUCCGCGAGCAAUGAAGUCUUUGCUGAGACUACGCAUCAACCCGCUCCAAGCCGCGCGUGACCUAUACUACAUUCACAAACAGCUCGAGAUCGAAGCCGCCGUGGUAGGAAAGAACAACUAUUUUACUCGUCUCAUCCAGCUUUUCACUAUCCCCCGUGUUCGUCGUGCUACCUUGGCUUCCUUCACGGUCAUGAUUGCGCAGCAAAUGUGUGGUAUCAAUAUCAUCGCCUUCUACUCCUCUACCAUCUUCGCCAACUCCGGCUUCAACGACUUCCAGGCGUUGUGGGCAUCAUGGGGUUUCGGCCUUAUUAAUUUCCUAUUCGCCUGGCCUGCAAUCUGGACUAUUGAUACCUUUGGUCGCCGAUCGCUGCUACUCUUCACUUUUCCCAAUAUGGCAUGGAGUCUCCUAACUGCGGGAUUGUGUGCAUUGAUUAGUACACAUCUCAAAGCUCAUCUAGCCCUAGUGGCGAUGUUUAUCUACAUCUUUGCCAUCUUCUACUCCCCGGGUGAAGGUCCUGUUCCAUUCGCUUACUCAGCAGAAGUCUUCCCAUUGUCUCACCGUGAGCUUGGUAUGGGCUGGGCUGUUGCUACUUGUCUGUUCUGGGCCGCUAUUCUUUCUAUUUUCCUUCCCCUCAUGUUGGAAACAAUGACAACCACGGGAGUCUUUGGAUUCUACGCAGGAACGAACCUUCUCGCCUUCGUCAUGAUCUUCUUCUGGGUUCCCGAAACCAAACAACGAACCCUAGAAGAAUUAGACUACAUUUUCGCCGUGCCCACCCGAGUCUUCAUGCGUUAUCAGCUCAAUAAAACGCUACCCUACUGGAUUCAACGCUACGUUUACCGCCGCAAGGAUGUUGUCCUUGAGCCAUUGUAUCAUUUGGGAAAGGUUAACCGAAGUGCGGACGCGGAUGUCAUUGCGGAGCAAGCUACCGUGCAACACACUGAGAAGUCGGCGACGACAGAGGGCACAGAAGACAUCUCAUCGCCUGAGGGUGGUCAUAAGGAGGUCGUGAAUUAA